GAUGAUGCUUCGGAGCCACUGCUAUCUUUGAUUAUCAAACGCGAUUGGCGGCUUCAAUCGACAUCUGGACUCCGGGGAGGGGUUACUUACAAAUUAAAAUUGACCCAACACGUGAUUUCACGGAAGUAGAAGCCGAUCAUAAAGCAACAAGAUGGCAUCGCACCCGGGAGGAGGCGAUAAAGGCAGCGAAAAAUCAAAAGAUCAGCUCCUGGAAGUAGGGACCGUGCUGUUAAAGGACUUCAUCUAUGAGCGAGUCAGGAGAAAUAGGCAGGAUGACACGGAAGUGGCCCGACAGCAGCUGGGCGCUCAGGAGCUGGUCGACCCAAACCACAAAAAACUUGCUCAGUGUCUCCAGCAGAUUGGAGAUGAGCUGGACGGGAACGUAGAGCUCCAGAGAAUGAUCGAUGACUCGUCGCUCAUUCCCUCCAAAGAUGUGUUCCUGAGAGUCGCCGUAGAGAUUUUUUCCGAUGGGAAAUUCAACUGGGGCCGGGUGGUUGCACUCUUCUACUUCGCCUGUCGGCUGGUCCUAAAGGCUCUCAUCACAAAAAUUCCAGACAUCAUUAGAACUAUAAUCACCUGGACCACAGAUUACCUUCGGGAUCAUGUGAUCGCCUGGAUAAGAGAUCAAGGCGGCUGGGAUGGCAUUCGAGCAUACUUCGGCACUCCUACCUGGCAGACAGUGGCGGUCUUUUUGGCUGGCGUUCUCACCGCUGUGGUGGUCGUUCGCAAGAUGUGAGCGACACGAGAAGAACAAAGCAGAGACAAGACGGGAAGAAUGAUGACUCAGAGAACAGGAACAAAGAAAGAAAGAAUGUCAGCAGACGUAUUUACGGUUUGAACAAUCUGGACGGCAGGAACUUGUACUUUUUUGAGACCCAAUCUCUGUUUCUGCCUCCGUGAAGCUGGAAGUCGGACUGGAUGAGGUGUCCCACUCAUAACUGCAGUGUCACAGAGGAAGCAACAUGGAAAAGAGUGGAUGACACUUUCAAAUAGGGAAUACAUUUUAAAAUAAUUUAUUUUAUACUUGGUGCGACGAAAGUCGCCGCGUUUUCUACUCUCGAAAUGAAACGGACAAAAUGUCGAUCCUAUGAAGAGAUUCCUCUCUGGUAUUUUGUUUUAGUUUCAUUGCCGUCAGACGAUCACUCGCUUUAUUUAUCCUCUUCACUCCAUCCGUUUCCUCCCGAUUCCUGUAUGUUAACCGUAUUCCCCUGUAUUUGUACGUGUAAGGAUUGUUCUCUGUAAUUAUCUGCUGGCACCAACAUAUUUGGGCGAGGUCCCUCGAGAUAGAGAUGUUUUUGUGAGUCACUCGUCGGUACUUUGAAGAAAAAAAAAAUCAAGCGGGGAAAACAAAAAGUGACUAAAACAAAAAGCAGCUGAAAGCUGAGGCUCCCCUCCGUCUUCCAUAUCUUUUCUUCAACUAAAGUGCCAUGUCUGGGAGUUGUGUACAGCGUUUACUUCACAGGAAUCUUCAAUAACGAUUGGUUUUCUUCUUUUUGUUUUAUUUUUUGGCUUUCUUUAGUGACCUUAAAGUGACUCCCAAGGGGAAAAAUCACAACGAAUUCCCCACUUAUUGGUUUUGUAUUUGUUUUUGAAUCCUACUGCAGACACAGGAAGCAUUAAACUCCUGGCAGAAACUUACCUCACUCUAUCGCCGUUCAGAGUUCUGUAUUUUUACAGCCCCCUUCUUCAAAACUGCACGUCCAAAAGGCCUUUUUACACAUUCUUUAUGUUUGUCAGUGCCUUGGUGUAAUCUUUUUUACAAUGAAUUCACUUUGGUAUGAUCCGAUUUUCCACCUUUUCUAUCAUAUUUGUAAACUUGCAAGCCGACUAUAAUAAAUUUUGAAACUCUUUA